UUUCUCUCCGCCCUGCAGUGAAAAUCCUCCAACACAAGAGCAUCUUGUGUCCCAUCUGAAACUGACGUUUUGCUGCUGUUUGCAGAAUGUUGGUUUGGAGCACUUUCACAUUCCUCCACUGCCAUCCAGCCAGAUGGUAAACAUCUGUGAAUGAAUGGACGCAUCAGGAGCAGAGGAACCAUGACGAUGUGACAUUGAGAUUUACAUGUUUCAAAGAUAUAUUGAUAAUAUAACCGAGAAGUCAAAGUCAAUGGAUAUUGUCACGUCUAUUGUCAGGCUUUGACUGUAUUUGGUAAUGACCUCGCUGUGGGCUUUGAAAAUACAGUUCCCACAAUGCUUUGGGGCGUGAACGGACAAUGUAGUGAGUUUGAACGCGCAGCCCACUCAUAACGGGCUGAGGCUGAGGCGCAUGUAGGGAAGUCUCUCCUCACGACUCGCGGCUGAGUUUGUUCCCGAAUUCAUUCCUCAUCCAACCAGACCAGUUGACAGCAUCUGAAGCCUUCAUUCAGCAGGAGUAAGUCCAGUGCGAAAAUGUUUUAACUGCAGCCCGGUCACAGUUUGACAGAUUGGGCACCAAACCGAACCGAAGCCUCCACCGCCUUCUUCUCCUGCCUGUUUUUGUAUCUCGUUUGAAGGGAGACAACAUGAAGCGCUGCCUUGGACUGUUCCUGCUCGUCUGUUUUGGGAUGCUUCAUUUGGGUUCUGGACUUCGUUGCUACAAGUGCUCUGACUACGCGGGACGCUGCGAGAACGUGCAGGAGUGCACAAAUGAAGACUCCUGCAUAUCUCUGAGUGAAAAGGGUGGGAAGACCAUCCGUCAGUGUAUCAGGUACACAGACUGCGAUAUGUCCCGUCUUGGCCACAUGUUCCCCUCGAUCUCCAGCUUCACCUACCGCUGCUGCAGCAGCAACCUGUGCAACUCCGGCAACGCUGUUACCACGGCAACGCCCAUCCUGGCUCUGGCGGGGGCCCUGCUGAGUGUUUGGUGGUGCUGGAUGUAAAGACCUGCAGGCUCCUGUAGUUUAGCAUCACAGGAUUUAACAUGAACUAACUUGUAUUUAGUCACCUUGCAGGUUCUCAGGCCAACAAAGAAAAACUCUGUUUGCUAAUUUUCACUUUCAUACUUUACCAGUUAAACAAUAAACAAUGAAAAGUUUUUCUGUUAUAUUUUGACUAUAUAUCAAAUUCAUAUUGGUUUUUUUGUUUAAUGAUUUAAAACCAAACAAAUAAAUCCAUGAAAUAUUUUUGAACUA